AAUGCUAUAUAUUUAAUUAAAUAUUUUUAGGACCUCCAGGGUGGCCAGGAGAAAAAGGAGACCGAGGACGAGAUGGAUUAUUAGGACCUCGUGGAUUUAAGGGAGAAAAAGGUUUUCCUGGUUUGGAGGGUCCUAUUGGACCACCAGGACCAGGUGGUGAUAAAGGUGAACCGGGAUUAGAAGGAAUGCCUGGCUUACAAGGACAACCUGGAUUGCCCGGUAAAGAUGGUAUUCCUGGCAAACCCUGUGAAUUCCAACCAGAUUAUUCAACUGGAAUUCUAUUGGUGAAACACAGUCAAAGCUCAGCAAUACCAGAAUGUGAGGCAAACCAUGUAAAACUAUGGGAUGGUUUCAGUUUGUUGUACAUUGAAGGAAACGAAAAAGCACAUAAUCAAGAUUUAGGUUUUGCUGGUUCUUGCAUACGUAAAUUUUCUACAAUGCCUUUCCUAUUCUGUGAUUUCAAUAAUGUUUGCAAUUAUGCUAGUAGAAAUGACAAAUCUUAUUGGUUAAGUACCAAUGCACCAUUACCAAUGAUGCCGGUUGAAGAAGUUGAAAUUCAAAAAUAUAUUUCAAGAUGUGUUGUUUGCGAAGCACCUGCUAACGUCAUUGCGGUGCACAGUCAAGCAUUGACCGUUCCUGAUUGUCCCAAUGGUUGGGAAGGACUAUGGAUAGGAUACAGUUUUGUCAUGCAUACCGCUGCUGGUGCAGAAGGAGGAGGACAAUCUCUAGCAAGUCCAGGUUCUUGUCUAGAAGACUUUAGAGCAACACCAUUUAUUGAAUGUAAUGGAGCACGUGGUACAUGCCAUUAUUUUGCUAAUAAAUUGAGUUUUUGGUUGGCAACUAUCGAUCCAGAAGAACAAUUCACUAGUCCACAAAGACAAACUUUAAAGAAAGAUAUGACUCGUAGUCGCAUAAGUAGAUGCCAAGUUUGUAUUCGACGAACUUAAAGCUUCAAAAUGUUAAAUGUAGUCAUAUACAAUUUUUUCUAUGUAUAAAUUUUAUUUUACUUUUAUUAAUAUUAUAAUUAAUACAUUAUUCGACAUAGGUUAAAGUCGCCUGCAUUAGUUUCGUAUUAUUAACAGGCAUUUGUGUUCUUAAAUAAU